UUUGUCCAGACAACAGAUUACUCGCGAACUCUGCAUAUCUCGUUUCGAGCGUGCCUUGGAAGGGCGCCAGAACUCGCCCGCUGCGCAACUUGUUCGACAAAUUCUGUUAGAGCCUCUGCAGCGCGCAAAGCGGCGGCCUCCUGGUAACGUUGCUGACCUCACUGCAUCCUGUUCCUUCAGUCUUUCCUGCGCGGAUGAGGCCUUCCUUCGUCUGCCUCUAAGCCGGCUUAUCGACCCGGCAUUUGGAUCCCUAGAGCAGAGACUUCAACUGUUGACUCUGUUCGGCUUUUCGGGAGCCCUGCCCCCGAGCAUGAGGGCAGUAUCCAUGUUAAAAAUGGACUCACCAGGAGACAGCGAGUCGCAGUUGGACUUGGAUAACUUCUGGUCGCUGGUGCGUUCCAUAGUCUUUUCGGAAACAGAUAAGAGGCCUGCGUUUGACGCUCCCGUUCGCCGUUUUUUGCUGGAGGAACUCGUUCACAACGCCGUACCAUCCAUUGUGCGUUUUUGUCUGCGCAGAGUUCUUCAUGAGGAUGUGUCCCUCCUUAGUUCAUCACGGGUGCUCGAUUUUGCUACAACACUCCUCAAUUUGCCCACCUUUGCGUCACCAGUCCCACUGGCGGAGCCGCAUGAACGUCCAGAUGCGGGCACCUUCUACUCCUCCUUCCAUCAACUCACAGACCCCAUUGAAGCGCUACACCUUCUCUUGUAUAUCCUCUCGGAAAGCCUCACCAACGCCAAGCUUCAAGGACGCAGCGAAAAGGUCCUCAGCGUUGUGGAUUCCCAACUCUCGGCUCGUGCUGCGUUUUUUGAUCUAGCCCUACAGUCCUGGCCACGGCUUUCGGUUAUGUGUCUUGAAGUAAUCUGUGGUUUUGCUGACGCAUCUCCGGCCAACCUUCCUCCCAACUUGUUUCAAGUCCUGAUGCCAUUCAUCGGAUCGAAUCCUAGCGAUCUGCGACAGCAUGCUCAAAACUUCCUCGUUUGCGUUUAUCUGCGUAGACCGGGUUUGAAAUAUCUGUUGACUUCUUCCAAAGCUCAUGUCUUACUUUCUCAACCGUCGGCUGCAUGCCGCAGCCUUCCAGCCUGUUUUGAACAGUCGGAGAUCGACCGACUGGGUCCCUCGUUCCUCAUAGGUCUUUCCGGCAGUCAGGAGGCCGUGCGUGAUAUGUCCGCCAUCGCUAGUUGCACUCUUGCAGUAAACCACCCACGCGCCUGCCUUAGACUUCUCCCGCUUGCUGCAGGCCUCUCUCAAGAGGAGCAUAUGCAAACUUGCAAGCCCGUGGGCAUUCUCUUUUCCUCAGAGGCUGAGGCCUACCGGUUAGUUCUUACAUUCAACUUUUUAAUCUCCUGA